AUGAGUGGCAACCCAAACGACUCCGCGGGUGUCGCCGAAGGUUCCUGCCGUCAAGGAGGUCAAGUCCGGCGCUACAAAGAUACCCUGAAGACUUCCCUGAGGUGCCUGCGAAUCAAUCCGGCCAACUGGGAAGACCUCGCCCAGGAUCGACCGGCCUGGAGGAGGACAGUGAAGACAGGCGCAGCAAUCUACAAAGCCAACCGUAUCACUAUCACCAAAGCCAAACGUGAAGCUCGCAGACGUCAACUGCCGCAAACUCGAAGCGUCAACGCCCAACGGACCCGACCUGCCCACGAUGUCAGUAGACGUUUCUGGCACCAGUCGGUCUUAUUGGGCAUUUUCGAACGAACUUCAGCUCCUGGACGACACCACCAGAUGUUCCCACGUCCACAUCCGCCUCGUCCCCCACGCCAACGAUCGACACUGACCGCACGCCUGAACCCCCACUGCCAUCCUCCUUUCGUCGGCUCAAUAUCCGCAGUUGCACUCACUCCUAACACACCGACAAACAUCAGCCCCAUCACCGCCAACACCAGAGAUGUGAACUCGAUCCCUUUCCUGCUAAUAGAAACGAAGGAGCGAGUCCUAGGAAGCGGUCGUGAGGGAGGAUACACGAUUGUGUCUCCUUCUAUCUCCAUAUCUGUCUUCACUGCAGUCGCACCCUCACCUCACGCAUCGGCCCCGUCGGUCACUUGCGAAUCCAUCGCACAGAGACUGCCGAACUAG